UAAUAAUAAUAAUAAUAAUCUGAACCAAACAUGGCCUUCACAGCUGCUUCGUCAUCGUCCUCAGCUAGCAAAACCCAAAUCUCCCUAACCCCACAUUCCCCACUCACUUCCAUCUCGCCCUCCAAAUUCAACAAAUUUACGCCGCCUUGCCCUCUGAAUUCCCGUUCCCCGUCUAUUCGUUGUACGCUCACCAAACAGCACGCGAUGGUCGAGGAUCGGGUCGAUCCGGCGGCUCUUCUGCACCGACCCGACUCGUUCGGCCGCUUCGGAAAAUUCGGUGGUAAAUACGUCCCCGAAACCCUAAUGCACGCCCUCACUCAACUCGAGGCCGCCUUCAGAUCCCUCGCCACCGACGAUGAGUUUCAGAAAGAGCUUGACGGGAUAUUGAGAGACUACGUUGGAAGAGAAACCCCGCUUUAUUUUGCUGAACGACUUACCGAGCACUACAAACACCCUGAUGGUAAAGGGCCCCUUAUAUACCUCAAAAGGGAAGACCUUAAUCACACCGGGGCCCAUAAAAUCAACAACGCUGUUGCCCAAGCUUUGCUUGCCAAGCGUCUGGGUAAGAAACGUAUCAUAGCUGAAACUGGAGCUGGUCAGCAUGGUGUCGCCACAGCUACUGUUUGUGCUCGGUUUGGGUUGGAGUGUGUUAUUUACAUGGGUGCUCAAGAUAUGGAGAGACAGUCUCUUAACGUAUUCAGAAUGCGCCUUCUUGGUGCCGAGGUUAGGGCAGUUCACUCCGGCACUGCCACGUUGAAGGAUGCCACAUCCGAAGCUAUACGCGAUUGGGUGACGAACGUCGAAUCAACUCAUUACAUACUCGGAUCUGUUGCCGGGCCCCACCCAUAUCCGAUGAUGGUAAGGGAGUUCCACGCAGUGAUUGGCAAAGAAACAAGGAAACAGGCAUUGGACAAGUGGGGCGGCAAACCUGACGUGCUGGUUGCAUGCGUCGGUGGAGGUUCAAAUGCAAUGGGUCUCUUCCACGAAUUCGUUGAGGACAAAGACGUUAGAUUGAUCGGUGUGGAGGCUGCAGGUUUUGGCCUGGACAGUGGUAAGCAUGCUGCCACGUUAACUAAAGGAGAGGUGGGAGUUCUUCAUGGAGCUAUGAGCUACUUGUUGCAGGAUGACGAUGGGCAGAUAAUCGAGCCACAUUCUAUUAGUGCUGGACUGGAUUACCCGGGAGUUGGACCCGAGCACAGCUUUCUGAAAGACAUUGGACGGGCCGAGUAUUAUAGCAUCACUGACGAAGAGGCUUUAGAAGCUUUUAAGAGAUUAUCUAGGCUAGAGGGCAUUAUUCCUGCACUCGAGACAUCUCAUGCACUUGCUUAUCUGGAGAAGCUAUGCCCAACUCUUCCUCAUGGAACUAAGGUUGUUUUGAACUGCAGCGGCAGAGGCGAUAAGGACGUUCAGACAGCCAUUAAACAUUUAAAGCUUUGAUUUUUAUUUUUAUUUUUAAAAAUAUUUUAGAUCUUUUUGUUGCACGAAUAAAGCCUCUUGUAACUUAAACAAUAAAUGAUUUCCUUGGCAGUCUACGAAAGCUGUGAUAUGCCAGACAGUUUCUCCAAAAUCCGAUUAAGUUUAACAAACUGUUCGUUUUAAUA